AUGCACUGUGGCUCGGAGGGGAUGCCCUCACCUUCAAGCUCUUUUUGGAUCUCAGGUCUGGCCUUCCCAGACUGGGCUUACAAGGCCGAAUCCAGCCCGGGCUCCCGGCAAAUCCAGCUCUGGCACUUCAUCCUGGAGCUGCUGCAGAAGGAGGAGUUCCGGCACGUCAUUGCCUGGCAACAAGGCGAAUACGGGGAGUUUGUCAUCAAAGACCCCGACGAAGUGGCCCGGCUGUGGGGCCGGAGGAAAUGCAAGCCCCAGAUGAACUACGACAAGCUGAGCAGGGCCCUCAGGUAUUAUUAUAACAAGCGCAUCCUCUACAAGACUAAAGGGAAAAGGUUCACCUACAAGUUCAACUUCAGCAAGCUGAUCUUCAUCAACUACCCACUGUGGGGCAUCCCAUCCCCUCCAAGGCCAUUGCUGAUGUGCCGGCCACACGGAGGAACCACCAAUGUGCAGACAGAGAAUGCUAUGCUUGUGCGAAGGGCCCGUACCAUGGACCAGCUUGUCUUCCCCAGGAGCAGCCAUGAUCUGGGAGACCCUCAAGAAAAGAGAGGAGCAUCCGAUAGCGGCUGUGAGUAUGGUUAUUUCCCUUCCUGGGAAGGGAUUUAG